GUGGUAAAAAAAAAUUACCGCCCAAUAAGACACCACUCUCUCUGUGUAUAUAUACACACAGUAUAUGUAUCUCCUUCUCAUCAAUUACUCUCCCAAACCACAAAAUCAUCGGACAACGGGAUGGGCCACAAUAUUCUCGAGGCACUGAACGUACGGGUCGUGGGUUCCGGCGAUCGAGUCAUGGUCCUCGCCCAUGGGUUCGGUACGGACCAGUCGGCAUGGCAUCUGAUCCUCCCUUUCUUCACCCACACCUACCGAGUCGUCCUCUACGACCUCGUCUGCGCCGGCUCCGUCAAUCCCGACUACUUCGACUUCAACCGCUACACCAGCCUCGACCCAUACGUCGACGACCUCCUCUGCAUCCUCGAUUCCCUCCAAAUCCACCGCUGCUUCUACGUCGGCCACUCCGUCUCCGCCAUGAUCGGAAUCCUCGCCUCCAUCCGUCGCCCAGAUCUCUUCUCCAAGCUCAUCCUCAUCGGAGCCUCGCCCAGAUUCCUCAACGACGACGAUUACCACGGUGGGUUCGAGGAAUCUGAGAUCGAGAAGGUCUUUUCCGCCAUGGAAGCUAACUACGAAGCUUGGGUCCAUGGGUAUGCUCCUCUGGCCGUGGGGGCCGAUGUUCCCGCGGCGGUGAGGGAAUUUAGCAGGACCCUUUUCAAUAUGAGACCGGAUAUCUCGCUUUUCGUGUGCCGGACUGUGUUCAACAGCGAUCUGAGGGUUAUUCUAGGGUUAGUGAAGGUGCCCUGUUGCGUGAUCCAAACGGCGAAGGACGUGUCGGUUCCGGCCUCGGUGGCGGAGUAUCUCCGGUCGCAUCUCGGCGGGAAAACGACGGUGGAGACUCUGAACACGGAGGGCCAUUUGCCGCAUCUCAGUGCUCCGGCGCAGCUUGCGCAGUCUCUCCGGCGAGCUCUUUCCCGGUGAGGGAUGUAAUUUUUUUUUAAUUUCUAUUUUAAGGAGGAAGAAAACAAAUGGGGUGGGAUUCGAUAAUAUGGAAAAGUUGUGGGGCCCAUUUGGAAAAUGAUGUGGGACUGCGUGAGAAAAUGUCAAAUCGAGGAUAAGAUUGUCCACGUGAUUCUCACGUGAUGGCGACUCUUGGGCUUCUUCUCAUAAAAUAAACUGCGGAGGGAAAAAGACCUUUUGGUUAUAAAACAGUGCUCUUAUUCACACACUCUCUCUCUCGUUGGUAGGGGUGGGUGUUUUAACUCAUGUACCCGGUUUAACAAAUAUUCGAAUAAAAGAUAUCUAAAUAUUAACGAUCGA